AGGUCCCAGUUAGUAGCUGGGGAUAGCCAAGACUCCUAAGUUAACUCCGUGCUGGUGAAUUGAUAACUUGUGUAAACAUCCGUAUCCGCUCCAGUGGUUUGAGUUUUCCCUGAAUCUCUCUCUCCCCCUCCCCCUUCCUCCCCAUUUACAUACGGAAGCUGACGUUUGAGAAACACGCUGAAAGUGCCACUUAAAGAGUUUCCCGUGAGCGUCGCAAGUUCACACAUAGAGAGAGAUAGAUCCCAUGGGAACACAUUGAGGCCGAGCUUUGUCAAGACAUCUGGGUCGGAUGUUUUCGUUGUGGCGGACGCGGUGCUGCGAGAGUCCUACCCACAAUCGAAAGCGCCUGUCAGGGAGCAAAUCCGCGUCCUCAUGAUGAGAGACUCAGUUCAGAGGAGAACGAACGCUGAAGUGUGACUUUCAGGAGAAACAUUCGAUCGUAGCCUACGCCCCACGUUUUUUGGUUCAUAUUUAAUUAGUCUGACGAUGUCUGGCGUCAUAGCUGCCGAGGCCGUCAGGGCAAGUCAUAAUUCAGCCUUCAGCGCCGUCGUCCGGAAAAGCUUUUCCUUUUCCGUCGAUGCCAUCCUUGGUUCAUCCCCGUCGAAGGAUGCAGCGAAGGAACCCGUGUCGCCGGAGAGCAUCGGUACCACUCGUGUUCCACUCCCGGAGACUUCAUUAACGCCCCCUGCCGAGGAUAGGUUGUCCGCGAAAGACUUGGACGAAGAAGUCGACGACGAAGAGAUCAAUGUCGAUUCGGAUCAUAUCGACGACGACGGUCGAUGUGAAGUUAACCGCGAUCCAGAAGACCUGAGCCGCCUCGCCCCAGCACUGCCGAAUUUAUUAGGCUCCCUUGGUGGAGCUGGACCCCCACUGCCACCAGCAUCAACGUCCUCCACAGUUAUCGCUCCACAGCUACAAGGGACUUGGCCUCCUAACCUCCUCCUCCAUCACCAACUGGCACUCAGGGCGUUAGCGAGAUCCCCAGAGCCGCCGAAGUUCCUUGGUCCCGUGAAAGUCAACCUGCGAAAGCACAAGCCCAACCGGAAGCCGCGCACGCCCUUCACAACGCAGCAGCUCCUGUCUCUGGAGAAGAAGUACCGGGAGAAGCAGUACCUGAGCAUUGCAGAACGGGCCGAGUUCUCCGCCUCUUUGAACCUGACCGAGACGCAGGUCAAGAUUUGGUUCCAAAACCGAAGGGCGAAGGACAAGCGGUUGAAGGAGGCGGAACUGGAGAGGAUGAGAUACACCUCCAGGCCGCUUUUGCCCCACAAUCCCCUGCUGGCCCCGGCGUCUCUCCUUCCGCCCUUCCUCCUCCCGCCCGCGUUGGCGCAUCCACAGCAUCAGUUAUCCCCCCCGAGUUUGCGCCCGCAGCAUCCUUUAUCGGUGGGCGUGUUCUCCAAUCCCUCAUCUGGGGGAGUGGGUGGAGGUGCCGGUGGGUGUCGACAAUAAACGCUCCGAAGAAAAUAUCCAUUGGAGUGUUCCUAGACAGACAAUGAUGGCGAGGCCAUGAACGAGAGAAUGAUGACUGUUCUAAUAGACGAAGCUCCCUCUGAUAGUAGAGUGAUGUCAGUGUCAUAUCGUUGUCUUAUAAUGAUCCUGUUAUUCAUUCGUGACAAUGAAGAGGGCGACCCAAAGUGACUUUGAUUUUUUUUCCGCUCUCUCUCUCUCUCUCUCUCGCGUGUGUCAAAUAUCACUUGACCAGGUGUCUGUGUUCGGGGGUGGCGUCACUCGCAUCUUAUGGACAGACGAGGGUGUAACAGGAGGCGCAUCAGCAAUCCUUUCACGAACAAUACCCACCUGGCAGAGAAAUGAACGACGACGCUCAUUCCUCACCGUAGGAAAGAAAUGCCUCGAUGGCUUAGUAGUUACAGCGUCUGCGCCGUUAUGUAUGUAAACUAGAUGUUAUAAUCAUUCAACGUCUUACAGAUAUGACUAUUUCCAAACUGAAAGUAACCGCUGCUCAGAUUUUAUUUUACUAAUAAUUACCUCUUACCAAAGAAUAUUUUGCUUAAGAUGCAGCAGUGUGGAUCUUAUUAUUAUUAUUAUUAUUAUUAUUAUUAUUAUUAUUAUUAUUAUUAUUAUUAUUAAAGCUUUUAACAUAACUAA